CUGUGAUAGCUGCAGGUGCACACAGAGUUUAUAAAGGUCUGUGCACUUUUGUGAGGGUCUGUGGAAAGUGCUUCUUUGAGCAGUAUAGUCAAUUAUUCAAUUUCAGCUACUCUGAAAGUGAAUACCAACGCCAAUACUAAAACAGAGUCUCUAGUUUACGUGCAAAUGAACGAGCUAAUGAAGAACCAGAGACAGCAGAGCUAUUGGCAGGAGGUGGGCAGAUGGGUGGGCUAUGAAGAGACAUACGAUAUUGAGGCGGGCUGCUGGGGCCCCUCCCACAUCUCCUACCUCACAUUCAAGAGCCUGGUGCAAUUGCGCAGGACAAUGAACACUGGUGUGGUGAUGCUGGACCAGGAGGAGAAGAUGCUCUCCAGCAUCAUUGAGAAGAUCGUGGAUGCUCUGAUUAGCAAACAGGAGAUCCAGGCAGGGGAUAGAGAUAAGGUUCUUCAAGCUUUAAUGCACAACCAAAGCCAGUCAGUGGAGACACAGCCUCUGACUUUACCUGUGGAAAUGCAGAAAUUCUCUGUCACAGAGAGAAGGGAUGCAGCUGACAGUGCAGAGGCCGCUGUGGUGCUUGUUGGUGCUCUGGAAUUUCUGGAGAAGCCAACGGUGGCAUUCAUGCGUUUGCGUAAUGCUGUGGUGCUGGAGUCGGCUCUGGAAGCUUCUGUACCUGCGAGAUUCAUCUUUAUUUUGAUCGGCCCAUCUAAGAAUGACAUGAACUACCAUGAGUGUGGCCGAGCAAUGGCAUCACUAUUAGCUGACAAAGUAUUUAACCAGGCAGCAUUCCAGGCUCAGAGUGACAGGGAAUUGACUGAUGCUGUGGAAGACUUCAUGGACUGCAGUAUCGUGAUCCCCCCCACAGAGAUACAGAAUGAGUCCAUGCUCUCGGCACUCAUCCCCUUCCAGAAGAAACUUCUGAUGGAGAGACUCCGCCCCUCUGAUCCCAAACUGCGUCUGGAUGUAAAACCUCGCAAAUUUUCAAAAUCAUCAAGUCGCCCUUCUGAGGAUCCACUGGCACGUACGGGUGUUCCAUUCGGUGGCAUGAUCAAAGACCUGAAGAGACGAUACAAACAUUACGUCAGUGAUAUCACUGAUGCCAUGAAUUCUCAGGUGGUGGCUGCAAUCAUCUUCAUCUACUUUGCUGCACUCUCCCCUGCCAUCACCUUUGGAGGCCUUCUUGCUGAUAAGGUGGAUAACAUGAUGGGUGUGUCAGAGCUAAUGAUCUCCACUGCAGUACAGGGCUUUAUCUUCUGCCUGAUUGCUGCCCAACCUGUACUAGUCAUAGGCUUCUCUGGGCCUCUGCUGGUGUUUGAAGAGGCCUUCUUUAGUUUCUGUAAGUCUCAGGAUAUUGAGUACAUCGUUAGCAGAGUGUGGGUUGGCAUGUGGCUGGUGGUCAUCGUCGUGGUGAUUGUUGCUUUGGAAGGAAGCUUCCUGGUCCGAUUUAUUUCCCGCUUCACUCAAGAGAUCUUCUCCAUCCUCAUCUCCAUCAUCUUCAUCUACGAGACAUUUGCCAAACUCGGCAGGAUUUUUGGAGAACAUCCUCUUAAUCUCAAUUACGAUCAUUUGAACAGUACAGUGGAGGACCCGUGGCACUUAGUUGUCAACUAUCAGAGAUUUAUUGAUAAUGCUACAGGCAAUGUGACUGUCGCGAGGGACAUUCAACACCGGGCUUAUCCCAACACCGCUCUUCUGUCCAUGUGUCUCAUGUUUGGCUGUUUCUCCAUUGCUUACUACCUGCGUAUGUUCAAAAACGGCAAGUUCCUGCCAGGCAAGAUUCGACGUUUGCUUGGUGACUUUGGAGUUCCCAUUGCUAUUUUCCUAAUGGUUGCUGUGGAUAUCAACAUUGAGGAUGCAUACACUCAGAAACUGAUAGUGCCUAAGGGUCUUCAGGUGUCCAACCCUAAGAUGAGGGGCUGGUUAAUCAACCCAAUGGGUGAACACAAGACCUUCCCUGUGUGGAUGAUGUUUGCCUGCAUUAUCCCAGCUAUGUUGGUGUUUAUCCUCAUCUUCCUUGAAUCUCAGAUUACCACACUAAUUGUGAGUAAACCAGAGAGAAAAAUGGUCAAGGGCUCUGGGUUCCACAUGGAUCUUCUCAUCCUGGUCAGUAUGGGAGGACUAGGUGCCAUAUUCGGCGUACCUUGGCUGAGUGCAGCAACCGUACGCUCCGUAUCCCAUGCCAAUGCCCUGACUGUCAUGAGCAAGGGCCCGAAGCCAGAGAUCGAGAAGGUUCUUGAACAGAGAGUCAGUGGAGUAAUUGUGGCCUUGCUUGUCGGUCUGUCCAUUCUCAUGGAGCCCAUUCUGAAGCUGAUUCCCAUCUCAGCUCUGUUCGGAAUCUUCCUCUACAUGGGAAUCACGUCCCUCAGUGGUAUUCAGCUCUGGGAUCGAAUGCUGCUCCUCCUUAUUCCCAAAAAGUAUCACCCCAAUGAACCCUAUGUUACCAAAGUUAGCACCGGUAAGAUGCACUUAUACACGGCUAUCCAGGUUAUAUGUCUGGCAGUUCUGUGGAUGGUGAAGUCGAGCCCUGUCUCACUGGCCUUGCCGUUUGUCCUCAUACUCACUAUUCCUCUGCGCAUGUUAAUGACUGGACGACUUUUCACUGAGCUAGAGAUUAAGUGUCUUGACGCUGAUGAUGCCAAGGCAACAUUUGAAGAGGAGCCAGGAGUGGAUGUGUAUACUGAAACUCAAAUGCCAUUGUAGACCCUACAGCCUGCAACAAGACUCAUUUAUCACAAUAAGCUUGUGAUGUCAUUUGAAAACUCUGAAAAAAAUAUACAUUUCCCCCUGUUGAGUAAAGUUUGGAAAGGUUUUUGAAUAAAGUUAGUGUACUGUGAGUUUGUGCAGCUUUUCUGUGUUAUUAUUGU